AUGGCUACCGUCAAUAUCCGUCGCGAUGUCAAGGACAACUUUUACAGAUACAAGAUGGAGAAGAUCCAGUCCAAGAUUGAGGGAAAGGGUAACGGAAUCAAAACCGUCAUCGUCAAUCUCACUAGCAUCGCCAAUUCCUUGGCUCGCCCAGGAGCAUAUGUCAUCAAGUACUUCGGCUUCGAACUCGGAGCUCAGACCAACACUAACCCUGCCGAUGAUCGUUGGAUCAUCAACGGUGCCCAUGAAGCAAGCAAAUUGCAGGAUUAUCUAGAUGGUUUCAUCAACAAGUUUGUGCUCUGCAAAGAGUGCAAGAAUCCCGAAACCGAAGUGAUCUUCAAAGACGGAAAUAUCGUCUUGGAUUGUAAGGCAUGUGGAAAGCGCUCGAUGGUCGACCCAAGACUUAAGUUGAGCGGCUUCAUAUUGAAGACUCAGCCGAAGAAAGGCAAGAAAGACAAGUCAGAAAAGAAGGCGGCUCGUAAGGCCAAGGCAGACAAGGGCGAGGCCAAAGAGAACGGAAAUGGUAGUGGAAGCGAGAAUGCAUCUGAAAAUGGGUCCAAUGACAACAAUGGCAAUGGCGAAGUGACACUUGAUGCUCCAAGCGACGAUGAGCUUGUCCGUCAGGCAGAAGAGCUCCAACAGUCGACCGAAGUCAAAGAUGACGACUGGGCUGUCGAUAUGUCCCCAGAGGCUAUCAAGGCCCGCCAACAACAACUUCCUGAUGACCUCAAGCAAAAGCUCGUUCUCGGUGGCGGUGGUGGGGACGAGGACGACGACGAAGAAUCUGGUGGAAAUUCCACUUACGACCAACUCGCAAACUGGAUCGAAGAACAGACGGCGGAUAAGGGUGACGUCAGUAAGGUAGACGAUCUUGAAAUCUAUCGCAAGGCGAAAGAGUUGGGGAUUGAGGCUAAGCAUCGCACUCUUGUCAUCCUCGCUCUCACGCUCUUCGAUGACAACAUCGUGAAGCAAAUCCCAAAGCGAGCAGGCAUGCUUAAAAAUAUGAUCACUUCUGAGAAACACGAAAAGUCUCUUCUCGGUGGGAUUGAAAGGUUCAUCGGUCUGCGCGGCCAGAAGAACCCUGAAUUCUACGAGAAAACAUCAAAAGUGCUCAUGGUCCUUUAUGAUCAGGAACUCCUCACCGAAGAAGUCCUUACCAAGUGGGGUACCAAAGCUAGCAAGAAAUACACCAAUGACCUUGCCGUAAGCAAGAAAGUCCGCAAGUCAGCAGAGGAGUUCUUGAAAUGGUUAGCCGAGGCCGAGAGCGAUGAUGAUGACUCUGAAUGA